AUGAACGUAGCCAAUAGCAAUGGUGGCGGUGGGGGUGGGGGCGCGGCUGGUGCUGCUGCGGCUGCUGUCGCUGGUGGCGCAGCAGGCUGUGGCAAUGGUGGUGCUGAUAACGCCAAUGCAGCCACCAAUGGUACAGAAGGCCUUACCAAUCCAACAGAUGACCAGGAUGCCAAGAGACGCAAAUGCUUGGAGUCGGACGAGGCACAGGAUGGUGCGAGUACUAUGAUUGAUGCUAACAGCGUUCUGAACAAAAUCGCACACCUUUAUGCUGAGCAGCUGAUGUCGGAUAUUGUGUUGUUGGUAGAUGGGAAAGAAUAUCCCGCACACCGUGUUAUACUUUGCGCCAGCAGCGAUGUUUUCCAGGUGAUGCUCAUGAACCCGGAGUGGAAUGAGUGCAGCAAACACAUAAUUGAGCUGCACGAGGAGGCGUGCUGCUCGGCCGUUUUUCCACAGUUCAUCAAAUACCUGUAUGUGGGCCACAUCGAAGUUAAUCUGCAGACAGUAAUGCCGAUGCUGGCGCUCUCCGACAAAUAUAAUGUGCGCGACCUCAUCGAAUUAUGCGUGGGCUAUAUGAUGAAGCAUGUGGCGAAAGCAGCUACCAGCGGCUAUCUGGUAUCAUGGCUGCAAUAUACGCUCUCUUUCUCGCCCACGCAUAAUGAUCUCACCGAGACGCUGAAGCGUUUCCUCAAAUGGAAUCUGGAAAUGGUGGCCGAGUCCAAGGACUUUGUGGACAUGGAUCCGGCCAUAUUAAUACUGCUUCUGCAGCAGAAUGACAUUGUCAUCGCCAGCGAGUACAAACUCUUUACUAUACUUCAGACAUGGCUGCUGCAUCGACGCGAACAGUCGGACACCACAGCCAAUACAAGCGCCGAUAAGAAGGCUAGUGCCAACAAUUUUAUGGAACUAAUCGAGCAGACUGUCGUACAUAUACGCUUUGGUAUGAUGACGCCGCGCGAAUUGGCACAUCUACUGAUUGUGCCACUAAUUGAGUACCAUAAGGAGUUUCUGGUCGAACGGAUUGCCAUUGGGAUGAGCUAUCAGUCCGGACAGGAGGAUCGUGUGCGUGAGAUACGCGCUUCCGAGGGCGGUGAAUUGCAGUUUACGCCACGUCUCUAUUGGAAUGAUACCUGGAGUGUGGGCAUCGAUGUGCAUAAUUUUGAUGAGAUAGAGGACUACAAGAAUUAUGUGACAUGCUUCUUUUCGCAGCGUCACAUUGCCGAGACUGAAGAUGAUCCUUGCAUGACCUGGGAAAUUGAGUUUUUUCCACGUGGCGUCAAGUAUAACAGAGCCAAAAUGGUGUGGGGUGAGGAUGUGCCCGGCUGCUCGCUCAAUAUUGUACGCUUGCGUGUCACCUGCAAGCACCAGACGAUUUGUGAAGAGCGCUUUAAGGUUGCUGUGCUCAUCGUUGGCGUUCAAAACAAAAUAACGCACAUUCGCACCGUAAUUGAACGCACCGAAUACUUUUCCGAUGACUCCCGUGUCAUCAAUCUAGACAAUCUAUUGCCCUACGAGGAACUGGAGCACACAUCGCCUUACUUAAGUCCCCAUUUAACUGGCAACCAGCGGAAUACAUUGUCUCUGCAUGUCGUUAUCACACCAAUGGAUGCCCACACCUGUCGCGAUACGCCGCCAUUUCAGUUUUAAGCACACAGUUCCGUAGAGCAAUAGAAAACUGUGAACUCGCUUCACAGACACUACAGACACACCAACACACACCCAUAUAUAUAUAUAAAUAUUAUAUACGUAGGUAACCAGUGCUCCCAAAACCAACCUAUAUAUGCAUAUACUUACACAUAUGCCUAAAAGUACACACACAUAUAUGUGUAUAUAUGUAUAUUUAAAUGUAAUGUAUAAAUCAACAUAAUACGCGCAUCUGAAGCAUCUGUAUAUUAUAUACAUACUUAUGUAUGUAAGUGUGCACUGACCGUUGCGCUGUAAAUGUCAAGAAUUCAGCUCCAAUUCACACCAGUUUAUCUGUCAGCUACUUAUCAUGAUAAUCAAUUAAUGACGGAUAAGUUGACCUGAAUGCAAUAAUAACGCAUCUACAUUUAGAGAUAAUUUAUGUAUCAAAUUUCUAUAUCUAUAUCUAUAUUCGGUUUUUAAGUCCAAUUAUCCUUAAAUUCUUCAUUUUAAAGUGUUUGUUUUUUAUUAGUUAAGUCAAAAAAGUGUAUAGCAAGGCUACAGGAUUGUGGUGCAUUUUUAGUUGAAGUUGCAGUCGAUUUUAGAUUAAGUUAACAUGCAGCGCAAUGGCCACAUCAGUCAACAUUAGAUCCGUACGAGGAAAAUGUCAAUAAACGUUGAUUUGUAUUGAAAAAGAA